UUAAUUUUUUUAUUAUUUAAUUUGUAAAUAGUCGUAAAAGAUCAUUCAUAAUAUGGCUACCUUGAUUAUACCUCCUGUCUUAACUUCGCCCCGCGAUGAUGCUGCACAACUUUAUAAAGCUUUCAAGGGAUUUGGAUGUGAUACUGCAUCACUCAUCAAUAUCCUUGCCCAUCGCGAUGCAACUCAACGCGGUCUCAUUCAACAGGAAUACAAAGUUAUGUAUUCAGAAGAUCUUAGUAAUCGCUUAUCUAGAGAGCUUAGUGGUGACAACAAGAAAGCAUUCUUACUAUGGAUGCAUGAUCCAGCAGUAAGGGAUGCUACUAUAGUCAGACAAGCGUUGAGUAGCGUUGUUGUUGAUCUAAGAGCUGCUACUGAAGUAAUAUGUUCUAGGACUCCUUCACAGAUUCAAUAUUUCAAGCAAAUCUAUUAUACUAUGAAUGGUGUUUACCUUGAGCACGAUAUUGAAUCGCGAACAUCUGAUGAUCAUAAAAAGUUGCUUCUAUCGUAUGUACGUACAAUACGCUAUGAAGGACCAGAAAUUGACAGUGUUUUAGCAGAACGUGAUGCUAAAGCUCUGUAUAAAGCAGGGGAGAAGAGAUGGGGUACCGAUGAGAAGACGUUUAUACGAAUCUUCACUGAAAGCAGCAGUGCACAUUUGGCUGCUGUUAGUUAUGCUUAUAAAAACAAGUAUAAGAACAAAUUGAGAAGUGCUGUAAAAAGUGAAACCUCAGGGCUCUUUAGAUUUGGCCUUUUGUCUAUCUUGAGAUGUGCUAAGAAUCCUGCAAGCUUCUUUGCGAAGCAAUUACAUAAGGCAAUGAAGGGCUUGGGAACGAACGAUGCAGCUCUUAUUAGAAUAAUAGUAACACGAGCUGAGAUCGAUAUGCAGUAUAUAAAAGCAGAAUACCGAAAGAAAUACAAGAAGUGUCUAAAUGAUGCUGUUUAUUCCGAGACUUCUGGCAAUUAUCGAACCUUCCUCCUAUCUCUUCUGGGGCCAAAUUACUAGCGCGCGAAGAUGUAUAGCUGAAAAUGAGUAUAUUAUAUUGU